CUCCAUUCCUUGUUUUUUUUUCCAUCAAAAAGAACGAAUCAGCAAUUUUUCAUGAAUAUUUAGUACUCAAAUUUUAAGCUGUUUUCUUACUUUUCUAGCUGCAAAUUCCUCCCUUUUCUAUUUUAAUUUGUGGGUGGUGGGUAUAUCUUUGUAGUUGGUAGCUCAUGUUUGCUGAUGAAAAAAGCUUCAGUUGAUUUCAGAACAGCUAGUGUGCUUUUGUUCGGGUUUGCGGAUUUUGGAAGUGUGAUGCUCUUUGUUGGUAUCAUGGAAUGACAAAUUUUGAGAACCUAAUGGGAUGUCUUCCUAAUAGGAAAAAUAUUAUUGGUAGUUGAGUGAAUCUCUUGUUUCUUUGGGAAUGAAGAAGUGGACUGGGGGUACCCUCAUAUUAGUUUUGUCUUUCAUUUUGGUGGUGAGGUACACGUAUACCUACUUUGGUAGUCAACCACCAAAGCAAAUAAAGCAAUCAGCAUAUGACUUCUUUAGAAACCAUCCUAGUAAUAAUUCCCAAACACCGGAAAUCGGUUCGAUUGCAACACCUUCUUGGAUUAACGGGACUGAAGUAGAAAAGAUUAAGGAGAAGCCUCGGCUUAUUGAUGUCGAAGGACUUGAUGAAUUGUAUAGUUCAGUCAAUGUAUUGAAAGAAGAUAUGAAGAGCUUUGCAACAUGGCCUCAAUUGCAUAUCGUGUUGUUAAGGUCAGAUGGAUUGCCUGAAACAGUUAAAGGUGUGACAGAGGCUUCUGUUGCUUGGAGAGAAUUACUGUCUGUAAUAGAGAGGGAGAAAAGUUCCAAAGUUGCAGGUGAUGGCGGCAAUGGUAACAACAUUAAUGAAAUAAAGUGUCCUUUUAGUGUUAGCACUUUUGAUGAGCCUGUGAAUAGUAGCAGGAGACUUCUUGAGCUCCCUUGUGGCUUGAUCGAAGAUUCUUCUAUUACUUUGAUUGGUAUUCCAAACGGGCAGAAUAGAAGCUUCCAAAUUGAACUUGAGGGUGCGAAAUUUCAACAUGAGAAAAAGCCUCCUAUUAUCUUACAUUACAAUGUCUACCUGCCAGAGGAAAACAGUACAAAAAAUUCAGUUAUUGUCCAAAAUGCAUGGACUAAUGAAGUUGGCUGGGGCAGGGAAGAAAGAUGUCCUGGAGGAAGGUCAACAAACUAUUUUCAAAUUGAUGGACUGGCUAGUUGCUAUGAACAACUUAUCAGAAGCGCUUUGGAACAAAAUCAAAAUGUGAGUCAUCCUGUUGGUGACAAGCAGAUUAACAAUUCUGUGGCGCAUCCUCAUAUGAGAGCUAAUUUCCCUUUCAGUGAAGGGAGCCCAUUCACUGCUACACUAUGGGCCGGUUUGGAAGGAUUUCACAUGACUGUCAAUGGAAGGCAUGAAACUGCCUUCAAAUAUAGAGAGAACUUGGAGUCAUGGCUGGUUAAUAAAGUCAGAGUGACUGGUGGUGUGAGCAUCUUGUCUGGCAUAGCAAAAGGCCUCCCUGUAUCCGAAGAUCUUGACAUAAAUGUUGAUGUUGGUCAACUCAAAGCCCCACCGUUGUUAAAAAGAAGAGUUUUGCUACUUGUUGGAGUUUUCUCAACUGGAAACAACUUUGAACGCAGAAUGGCCCUGAGGAGGUCUUGGAUGCAAUAUGAAGCUGUGCGCUCAGGCAUUGUAGCUGUUCGCUUUCUUAUUGGUUUUCACAAGAAUGCAGAGGUAAAUCUUGACCUGUGGAAAGAAGCUCAAGCGUAUGGAGACAUUCAACUGAUGCCCUUUGUGGACUAUUACAGCUUAAUCAGCUUGAAAACAAUCGCAGUUUGCAUUCUCGGGACCAAGAUUCUCCCUGCAAAAUAUAUAAUGAAGACAGACGAUGAUGCUUUCGUGAGAAUUGAUGAAGUUCUUUCAAGUCUUAAGGGGAAGGCUGCUAGUGGUCUCCUGUAUGGUCUCAUAUCAUUUCAGUCAUCUCCCCACAGGGACCAAGAUAGCAAGUGGUUUGUUAGCGAAGAGGAAUGGCCAAAAGAUUCAUUUCCACCGUGGGCUCAUGGUCCAGGCUACAUAAUUUCCCGUGACAUUGCAAAAUAUAUUGUACGUGGUCAUCAGGAAAGAGAUCUUAAGCUCUUCAAAUUAGAGGAUGUUGCUAUGGGCAUUUGGAUUGAGAAGUACAAGGACAAUGGCCAUGAAAUUAAAUACAUCAGUGAUGAUCGUUUUCACCAUACUGGAUGUGAUGCAGAUUACAUCCUCGCACAUUAUCAAAACCCAAGAAAAGUGUUGUGCUUAUGGGAGAAAUUGCAAAAGGAACAUCAUGCUAUCUGUUGUGAUUAAGCACUAGAAUUUACUUUCCACGCAUGCUGCUGCUAGAAAACAUCGCCUUUGUGCAAGAUGAAGCCUGAUAACUGAUGGACUCGGACUUGGUUCUUUGGUACAACCUGCAAAGACUUUUCUAACCUACAUCAACAGAUCGAGUUAUCAGAAAUGUAAGUGGUAGGAAUUGGCACACACAUGUUAGCAAAGAUACAACAGUUCAUGUUCUUCCCGUUGAGGCAUUUGUGUACGGAGUUGUGCUUAGUUUUGGUCUGUUUCACAAGGCCAAUAUUUCAGUGAGCUGUCUGCUGCACAAGGUGAGUACUCCAGUAAGCUGUCUGUUGCACAAGGCCAGUACUCCCAGUGAGCUGAAUGAGUGUCGAAGAAUUCUUCCAACCUGUUUGCAAGUUUCAGGAUUAUUUCGGUUUUGUAGAAUAUUUAGAAACUUAAUUUAGCUACAAAAGCUUUAUUUACAAUUAUCUGACUUUUGACA